AUGUUCACAACUUCAACUCAUCUCAUCUGUCCGGCAUGCUUAACAAGCGUAAUUGGUCUCGCAGACAAAAUGCAUUAUGCACGAAAAAUAUGGCAUAAAGUAUGUUUCUGUUGUAAAGUCUGCAGUGUACAACUAAACUCCCUAAAUGUCAGAAUGCGCGAUGAUGACAGUUUCACUCUGUAUUGCCUUCGACAUUAUCCUGAAGAAGAUAAUGUAUCCAUGUAUAGUGAAACUUCGACGUUAGUCUCUUCGUAUGAUAUGAAACAUUCUCGUCUAGGACAUCAUGAGCAUGAUAAUCCAUUAUACUGGACUGUUGAUGAUGUAGUCAAAUGGUUGAAUGAGAUAUCUUUACAACAGUAUGAAGAGACUUUUCGUAAGAAUAACAUCGAUGGAUCGGUCUUGAUGGAUGAGAGUGAUGGGAUUGAUAAUGAUACUCUGCAACAACUGAUUCCGGCACUAGGUAGUCAACUGAAAUUUCGAAAAGCGUUACGAAUGCUGAGAAAUACACGCACUUCGCAAAGGCCCGGUAGUGCAGUUAAUAAUGCACCUAAACAAGAUCCCGAAAUACAUUUGAAGCUUUUACAAACAAUUCAGCAACAAUCAGAACACAUUACUUCGCUUAUUUCCACCGUUUCAGCUCAGACUAAACAAAUUGAUGUAUUAGUGACGAAAAUGAUUCCAAAUUCGAGAUUGAUGCCAGUCGAUGCCUUUACUAAAUCAUCAUCGGUCGUACAGAACCAAUUACUUGACCUCCCCUCGAACAUUUCGAAAAUACCUUUAGCGUCCGCAGAUACUUCACCUUCUGAUGUUCCAGUUAUCGAUUCGGUCGCACCAUCCGUUCUCUCUCUUCCUUCGAAUGUUCGCGUUCCAGCAACGGCAACACCUGUUCCAACAGCUGUUGACGGUCCUCAAGGUUCAACUGGCGUCACUUUUCCUGCUGUCAUUCAUCCAAACAUCGAAGGUGUCGCCAUUAAACCUGUGAUUGAUGAUAAAUAUAACUAUGAAAACUAUGGUCAUUAUACAGUAACAAUCUUCGAUCAACAAUCGGAAAACGCUCUCGUUCAAACAGUAGUUAAUGUCGUACCGGAGAACGAAAUUUGUAUGCCGAAGAAGUUUGUUCUACGAGAUUCGGUUAACAAUGUGCUAGCUGGUGCAACAGUUAAACUGAAAUUGCACGAUGAAGUUGUUUUUACAGGUACGACCGAUGAAACUGGAACUGUCAUUAUGCCAACAACAUUACAAAAGAAUUGUUACGAAGUGGACAUCAAAGCAAAGGACUGUCAACACAAACCGUCAGUAUUUCGAAUGAUUGUCUAUGAAAAUCGUGGAUCGGAUGUAAAUACUCAAUUUAUUUGUCGGCAAUUAGAAAGUGAUCAAGUUGAGAUUGUUCUCAAAUGGAAUCGAUUACCGCGUGAUCUCGAUUCCCAUUUGUAUGUUUCCGAUGGACGGCACGUUUUCUAUGAAUCGAAAGUCGAAGGCAAUGUGUCACUCGAUUAUGAUGUCACCAAUGGUUAUGGACCAGAAACCAUUAAGCUAAAACUCGAACCAAAUCUGAGAUAUCUGUAUGUUGUUCAUCGAUAUUCACGUGAUGGGUUUCUGACAAAAUCAGGUGCAACAGUAACGAUUAAUAAUGGUACUCAAAUGGCAAGUGCUACUAGUCCAUAUCAAGUUGUUCAAAUACCUGUUGUUAAUCAACCGAAUGCGAAUUUUUGGAUUGUCUGUGAAAUAGAUGGUACAACAAAGAAUAUAACUAUAUUCGAAAAUGAAUUUGAACUUCACAAUAAUUAUUCGUCAACGGAAUGUCAAGCAACCAUGAAAGCACGAACUGGUGCAGAGAAAAAAGCCGCUCAACCAGUUGCUGGUGGAGUAACAGGUCAACGACGACUCAGUCAAGUCCAUCGGGGGUCUACGGGAGGAUAUCGAGAUGAUGACCAAGAAGGUGGAAAUAUGCCAACAAGUUACAUUGAAGACGCCCUCGGUCGUUCAGAUGAUCCAUUGAAAUUAACAGACGCGGAACUCAAUGAAGAACAUACGCGAAUUCUUACUGCACGAAAUCCUCAAGCAGCUGAAAACAUUGUUCGAUACAACUAUAAAGAACGAAUCUACAAGGCCAUUCCGCACGUGGAUCAAUUAGCUGUUCACUUUCAAAUGGAUAGCAACAUGAUUCACAAAGAUUCAGAAGACGCCAAACGACAAGCUACACUCGAUACUGGAGAUCAUGAACAGGAAGUAGUUGAAACAGAAACGGUAGCUAUUGGUACAGAUGGAGAUGCCACCGCAAGAGAUGGUGACGAAGAUGAUGAAGAUAAACCAAAGAAACCGGCUCGCGCUGGUGGUAAAGCAAAGAAACUUACCAAUCAAUUCAAUUUUAGCGAACGAGCAUCUCAAACAUACAACAAUCCCGUUCGAAAUCGUGAAACUUUUGUAGAGCAAACUCCGCGUGCUACGUUUACAGAUAAUGUUUCACAAUGGUCCAUCUUCGAUGCGUAUAAUGACGAUUUCGAACAACAACAAAAAUUAAAAGAAAAAGAAUCGAAAAAACACACACUAAAAAAAGAAGAGGAUAAAAAGAAAAAAUUUGUUCCAUCCGAUCAACAAGCUGGCGACGAAUUCACCAAAUUCGUUCGAUCGAAAACAGCAACUGUUUCACUAAAAAUACUUGAACGAAUGAUCAAUCAAAACACAUUCGACGACAUUGCUCAAGAUUUCAAAUACUGGGAAGAUGCUGCUGAUGAAUAUCGAGAACAACAAGGUAGUCUUUUGCCAUUAUGGUUGUUUCAAUAUGAAAUGGUGAAAAAACUUUCGUGUACAAAUCUGGCUUGGAAUUCUCAAUAUCCAGAUUUAUUCGCUGCUGCCUUUGGUUCAUACGAUUUUCUUAAACAAUCGCGCGGCAUGUUUUUGAUUUACUCAUUGAAAAAUCCAAGUUUUCCAGAAAAUACCUUUCCAACAGAUAGUGGUGUGAUGAGUUUGGACUUCCAUCCCAAACAUUCCAAUCUUCUCUGUUGUGGUUUUUAUGAUGGUUCAGUCGCUGUUUACAAUAUUGCUGAUGAAAAUAAACGACCGAAGUAUCAAAGUACAGCACGUAGUGGCAAACACACAGAUCCCGUUUGGCAAGUUCGCUGGCAAAAGGAUGAUUUAGAUAACAAUUUGAAUUUCUAUUCGGUUUCAUCGGACGGACGAGUUGUUUGUUGGACGUUGGUCAAGAGUGAUUUGAUGUACACGGACAUAGUUCAAUUGAAAUUAGAGAAACCAGCAACAGAAGUGGACGAAGGUGUUCCGUUAACAACACUUGGAUGUGGCACAUGUUUCGAUUUCAAUAAACAACAGGAUUAUUUAUUUAUUGUUGGUACUGAAGAAGGCAAAAUUCACAAAUGUUCGAAAUCGUACAACAAUCAAUUCUUGGAUACUAUCGAUGCUCAUCAUAUGGCUGUUUACGCUGUCCGUUGGAACACAUAUCAUCCAAAAAUCUUUGCUAGCUGUUCAGCGGAUUGGACUGUAAAAAUCUGGGAUAUCAAUUACAAAGAUCCAUUGUUUGUCUACGAUCUUGGAAGUGCCGUUGGUGAUGUGGCUUGGGCACCGUAUUCUUCCACAGUGUUUGCAGCAUGUACAGCUGAUGGUAAAGUCUACGUCUUCGAUUUGAAUGUGAACAAAUAUGAACCUUUAUGUGAACAAAUUGUUGUACAAAAGAAACGUACGAAGCUAACACAUGUUGCGUUCAAUCAACGUCAUCCAAUUCUGCUUGUUGGUGACGAUCGAGGCAAUGUCAUAACAUUGAAACUUUCUCCGAAUUUACGUAAGAAACCAAAAGUUAAGAAAGGACAAGAAGUACCCGAAGGUCCCGAAGCUGAAAAUGCUAAAUUAGAUAAAAUUCUUGCACUCAUUCGUGAUCCGGAUGCAUCGAAGAACAAACCAACAACAUCAAGCUAA